AUGAAAUACUUUAUCACAUUUACUGUCAUUUAUAGUGUAGCAGUUCAAAAUUGUGCUUCAGCUCAAGGUUUGGCCGAGUAUAAAUUCUUGUAUGACAAUUUCCCAGGAGUUGUUUCAAAUAGAAUGUGGGUUUCAGGACAAGAAAAACCAAUUGGAAAUUGGAUUUAUUCAACUGGACCAGAGAAAGACGCACAAAUGUACACAGUAGCCGGAGAUAAGACCUUUGGAUACAUUAAUUGGUGUACUGGAGAACCAGGUGUUGGAGGAGGAGAACCAGCCAUCGAAUAUUUCAGCGAAGGAACUUGUUUCAAUAAUGUCGGUACAGACACCAGAAGAAUUCAAUAUAUAUGCGAGAAGAAUUAUAAUCAGUACGAGCCAUUCUUGCAACCUAGUCCAAUUUCUGGAGGUUUAACAACGGUUUUGGUCAACGAUCAAUUCCCUAUAGGAUAUGAACCUAGCAACUUAACUAUUACACUUUCCAAAGUAUCCGGAGGUCCAACAUUUGAGUGUGCUAAUCCAACCUACCUUACAAAUCCCAAUAGAAUCACUUGCAUUAUGCCACCUGGAGAGAGUAGUCUCUAUAAUGUUGUUUUCGUCGAUGGAGAAUACAAUGGAGCAUCUCUAUACCAGUACCUUCCACCAUACGUUGCCACUUUGUAUCCCAAAGGAUUCACACAAAACUCAAAUUUAACGAUCACUGGAAAUGGAUUUGGAAAUAAUCCAGCCAAGAUUCAAGUCUCCUUACCUCCAAAUGUUGCUUGUAACAAAAUUCAAAUUUUGAAGGAAGGAACCGCUUUUCAAUGUACACUUACCAAAGAUGUCACCCAAGGACUUUUCCCGGUUUCCAUUAGUGUAAAUAGUUUUGGAGCUGCUUACACAAAAGCACCAUUUUUUUAUAAUAGUGACAGUUCAUUUUAUACUUGUUUUUAUUCGAAAACAAGUAUUAGUCAAACCGUUGAGUAUAUAAAUUCACAAAAAGUUGAAGGAAUGCCUGGAGUUCUUGGUAUUGUAUCUUCUUCAGCCCAAUAUAAUUUCCUAAAGAGUGGAUGUGGAUACAUUAUUGAAAAUGCAGUAGUUCAACCUUUAGGCGAUUUAUGGAUGAAUGCCAUCUUUAAUGAAACAACCAACAAAUACUAUACCAUUCACGGACCAAACUAUGGAAAAGAAACUUCAUUCUGGACUUCUUCUCCUCUGACUUCAUAUUAUAAUGCUUCAGGUGUACAAUUCAGUCUUAGAAGUGGAGUUGCUAGCGAAAUUAUUUCUCCAGACAUAACCUCUGGUUCAGCAUUCACAUCAUUUAAAGCAGUUAGUCAACAAGUUAAUAUUACUCAACCAACAAUUAUUUUAGUUUCCACCACAGGUCAGUUUGUACAAUUGACAGUUCAGAAUCUUGGUACCACUUUCAGUAAUAUCAAGAUGAUGUUGAGUGAUGGAAAUAGUUAUCCAAAUACCUACAUUGACUAUGACACCCAAACCAUUGGAUUCAAUAUUCCACCAGGUAUUAAUGGACCAUUCGAUGCAACAAUCAACCAAUAUGGAUUGAAUAAUACUGGAUCAUCUUUAACCAUAGAUUAUUUCUCGCCGAAUAUUUUAAAUACCAGCCCAUUGGCAACCGAUGGUCUUGGAUUAGUAGUAUCGGGAACCAACUUUACCGACAAAAUUCAAAAUAUCAAGAUGGAGGUACAAAUCGGUAGCGAUUGGUUCCAAUGUACUAGUUGCCAAGUCUUGCAAGAUUACUAUCAAAUUCGUUGUGAUGCUCCAGUUUCUUUUGGUUCCAGAAAUUCCAGAAUCACCAUCGGUUUAAAACAAUCGAUCAAUUAUAUUCUUGAUUAUGAAAGACCAGUAAUUACAUCGAUGACACCAAUCGGCGCAGCAGGUGGUUUAGUAACAGUCACUGGUACCAAUUUCUAUAUUAAUGACACUAUAAUUACACUCAAAGUCGGUCCCAACCAAUGCACUGGUGUUUCAAUGAGUGUUCAACACAAGCAAUUCACAUGUGUAAUGGCACCUGGAAACAUAACUGAUGUUGCAAGUAUCUCACUUGAUGCAGCCACCAACAAUAGUGCUCAAACACCAUACAACUUUGGUUACUCUGCACCAGUUGUUACCAAUGCCACAACAGUAAAGUAUCUCAAGGGUGGAUUUGUAACUAUUACUGGAUCUUACUUUGGUAACUAUUAUCUCUCCGUAAAGAUUCACAACCAAUCUUGUCUCAACCCGGUAUCCGAUGUGGUCGGCGAACAAAUUGUUUGUAAUUUCACUGGAACUGUCGAUGGAUUCAACAGUCCAGAUGGUCUUUUCGUAAAUGUCACAGUCAAUGGAUUGACGGGAGGAGCCAACGUCUUUAGAUACGAUUUCCCAGAGUGUCCAAACAAUUGUUCCAAUCAUGGAGUUUGCAUCAAAGGUCAGUGUAAAUGCGAUAAGGGCUGGGAGCUUUACAACAACUGCUCGUCGCAAGGAGAUACCGGUGGUCCCCCAACUCCUGGAACCAACGGUACCGGUAGCCUCAACGGCAAGGGAUUCAAUUUCACCUCGGCCAUCACUCAUAUUCGUGAGAUUGACGACAAGAGUGUGCCAUUGAUCGAAACAACCCUUCCAAUGGUUGUUGCCAACUGGACACUCUUGGAAACAUCUAACAAGACACAUCAACAACUAGAAGGUACAUUUGGAAAUGUAUCAAAAUCCGUUAUCUCUGUAAAUGUUACGCUCUACUUGCAAUCUACAACCAUUGAAUUUGCCGGUCAAACCAUUGAUAUUCCCGCCAAUACACUCAAAUAUGUCGUUGCCAUGCGAAACUGGACAUUUGCCAGUCCGCUCAAUUCCCUACAGAUUAUAUUCAGUGCCACCGCGCCAAAAUCAACAGAGGUAGGAUGUAGCACUCAAGAUUCUACCGCAACCAAUGGAUACAAUGAAUUCCAGGUGAUUGCAGGUGACUCUGUACUCCAGGCAAAGUUUGCCAACGGUCUCAUCGUAGACAAUCGUGUUCAAGUUGCCACCGUAACCCCACUGGAUAUGAGCGAUCCACUGAUGCAAGCAGCCAACAAAGGCAACCAAUCUCUAUUCACUCAGAUGACAGCAGUCGUGUCACCGGCAUUCGAGCACCGUUGUGUAGUCGAUCCAUCGUUCAGAACGUUGAUCAACACCAAAGACACACAGAGCUGCUCCGGUAAGGACAAUCGCUGGCGUAAUAUAACUAUCAUCGUUGUAUGUGUUAUCGGUGGUUGCGCCAUCAUCGUUGCAUCGGUCAUUGGUAUACGUAAAUCAAUAGCCAACAGGAAAUAUCGACAAGAAAUGAAAAUGAAACAAAUCGGUUCAAAUUCACCAUAA